GGAACCGUUUUGUCAUGAAAAUUGCCGAUUGUUAACUAUUCUCAUCACGAAUUUGACCGCCUUAGGCACGGUCGCACCGUUAGUUCGCUUGUGAAGUAUUUCGGGACCGGAAAUCGCACAACUUACAUGCUAAAUGUAAAGAAGAUCACUUGUAAGGUGCAUUAAUCCGAAGAAGAUUGCCUACUGGCCUAAAUAUUCAUUCGAAACUCAUAUAACAGCAAAAACAAAGAACGGCCAAAUUUUCAAGUGGAAACACUUCGUAACCAAACACCUUACUACAAAAACUUGUCCAACGGAAUUCAGUGAUAUUCAGAUAAAAAAUAGUCGUAGGAUUUUGUCGCACUCUCACAAUCAGUGAGACUCAUUGUUUAAUAACAUUUUCUUGUGAAACUUACUUAUAGAGCAUACAUACAAUAGCAGAUUAUCAAAUUCCAAGCCAUGAGGUGGAUUCGUUGUAACAACUGCUACACCAGAGCUGAAGUUGCGAAGGAACCUUUCACUCUGACUAAAUGUGGACAUGUCUAUUGCCAAAAAUGUAUCGGCCAAGCAGAAAAACAAUGCGUCAUAUGCAAUGCAAUCGGUGUGGCCACGAUACGCCUGCAAGAACCAUUGGAAAGUCAUAUCGCUUCAUACUUUUCAUCCCUAAGAGAUACCCUACAGCAGAUAGUAAAUAUCGCUACUUUCCAAGAGGAGCAAAAUCGCAUUGUGGCAAAAAGAUACUAUGAAAUCGAAAAGAAAUACACAUGUGUGAAGCAAAUAUGUGCAAGUAUGGAGAUGAAAAUUGUGAAGCUUAAAGACGAAACAAAAAAGAUACGCAGAUUAGAACAUGAAAAUAUCCAACUAAAGUUGGCCCUUCAAAACAGCCAGAACAGCCCAUACAGUAACAUUCUGAGUAACCAAAGUCAAAGUAGUGGUGCAUCUACAUUGAAUCAAUACCCUUAUAAAAAAAGAUACCAGCCAAAUGAUUCGAAGGUCACUUUUUCUACCCCACUGAGUACCAACUCAAAUAACUUCAGCCUGUCAUCGCAUUCUGGUAGACAGUAUGUUACGUCACUAUCAGAAUGUAACAGAGAGUUUCAAAUUCCGACCAUGAAUAAAGUUUUGAGGACUAGGGGCACUGGGUCUUCUGUUGAUUUCACACCAAUGAAUAGAAACCCUGGGUGUUUGGGGUCAAUGAAUCUAUCAUAGUCGUAAAAAGCUUAUCUUCGAAAUAACAAUAUUGUCAUUGUAUUAAUAACAUUCAUCGUGAAACUUAUUAAUACUCAUCAUAUAAUUAUCCAAUGACACGAUGAUUCUAUAUUUGUUUCAUUCAUAUCAAACAAAAUGUUAUGUUUAUGUCAAGUAUUUUGAACGUAACAUGACUCA